AUGGAAGAAGUCAUGAAAGACGUCUCUGAAGCCGAGCAGCAAAAGAACCCGGACUUCGCAGUGUGCCCCUACCCCGAGGAGAACCUUCGUCCCUUCAAGACUACCAGGGUGCACUGUGACAUCUAUGCUAAGAAGGCCUACCAGCUGGUCUUGCAGUUUGCCAUGUCUAGCCAGGAUGAUAGGGGCACACGACUCCAUCUGAUGACCUUCAUGGCAUGGUCAGCCCACAACUUGAAGGAUCAUGGUAAGAUCCGUCUUUUCCUCCUCCAGACGACUGCGAUGUCGUAUUUCUCACCUGAGCAGACAUUCCAAGGGCUCAAGACCGAGGUGGCUGCUCUCUUCAAACUUGACAAAGUUCGAGUUGCCAACCUCAAUGACGAGCUCUCCUGUUCCAUGAUUAAAAGCAUCCUCGAGGGCUCAAGCGAAGCUACCCCAUCAUCAAUCUGA